AGGUCAUUUAUUUUGUUUUUGUUUUGAACGAAGGAUGUCCGCACGCAAGGAGAAACGAGACUUCCAUUACUGGCAAAAACAGGCAGCCACCUUACCGGAUUAUGUGCCACCGAGGGAGCGGGAACAUGAUUUGCGGCAGCUGCAACAUCGAGCCUCGAUCCUGUGGUCGCCGCAGCUGCAGGAUCAAGACGAAAAGGCUGUUUGCGAAUACCUGGACUUUGCGGCUAGUCACUACAAUAUCGAGGAGGAGCAGGCGCUGUUCAUCCUGCGACGUCACGGAUUCGACCUGCCCCUAGCCAGCCGACGUCUGGAGAGGAUUGAGACAGCUCGCGGAUGUCGCUAUCAUCGUUGGAAGGCCCAGGAUCUGAUCCGACUUUCAAAGGCCUUCGAGCAAUACGGCACCGACUUCACGAAGAUCCGGAAGGAGCUACCCCACUUUCCUGUGUCCGAGGUUCGCCUGUAUUUCUCUUUCAUGUCCUCGGCCUAGAAUCCAGAGGACCAACCACUCAUUUCACUGAUGAUGAGUUGAGUUAGCCUUCGUGAAGUAAUCUCACAUGGACUGGCCCACCAAACAGGAUCUUCCAAAUGCAUGUUGACUUGGAUAGUGAUACUAUCCAAACUAUUCCUUUGAUCAACGUUAGAUAUUGAUUGCAACUCAAUCAACGUAGAAUGCAUUAAAUGUUAUUUGUAUUUCUUCUAAGUAGUUACGUCUUAACAAGACGCCUAAUAUGUCUAGGUCAUAUUUAAGUAAGACUCUCAAAUUCGCAUACAACGAUAUGUAUAGCUAUUGAAUAGUAGGAUUCUCAGAAUACAAAUGUAUUUCUAUUGAUAAGUAGAAUGUGUCAAAUCAAGUAAUUAAGAUGAAAACUGAUGCCAGUUUAAAACAUAUGUAUUAAAAAAGACUCAAUUUUACAAAAUGA